AUGUUCAAACUCGGUGGCAGCCGGGUCUUGGCCUCGGCCACUAGAUCUUCCAAGCUCUUCGCUUCCAAUCCCGCUUUCCGUAGAGUCCCCGGUGUUGCUCAACAAUCGAGGAAUCUCAGCAUUCACGAGUAUCGCUCUGCCGAGCUCCUGCGCGAGUAUGGCGUCCAAGUUCCCAAGGGCGCCGUCGCUCACACCGCGAACGAGGCCAAGGAAGUUGCCCAGCAGAUCGGCACCGAUGAUAUGGUGAUAAAAGCCCAGGUUCUUGCCGGUGGUCGAGGAAAGGGUACUUUCGAUAACGGUCUUAAGGGAGGCGUUCGCGUCAUCUACUCUCCUCACGAGGCGGAGAUGUUCGCCGAGCAGAUGAUCGGCCACAAGCUGAUAACGAAGCAAACGGGCGCUGGCGGCCGUCUUUGCAGUGCUGUGUACAUCUGCGAGCGCAAGUUUGCUCGCCGCGAGUUCUACCUUGCCAUCCUCAUGGACCGUGCCCGCCAGUGCCCCGUCAUCGUGUCCUCUUCCCAGGGUGGUGUCGAUAUCGAGGGCGUCGCCAAGGAGCACCCCGAGGCUAUCAAGACUACCUACAUCGACAUCAACGAGGGUGUCACGGACGCGAUCGCCUACGAUGUUGCCAACAGCCUCGGCUUCAGCUACCAGUGCAUCGAGGAUGCCAAGGACACCGUCCAGAAACUCUACAAGAUCUUCCUUGAGAAGGAUGCUACCCAGAUCGAGAUCAACCCCCUCUCCGAGACUACCGACCACAAGGUUCUCUGCAUGGACGCUAAGUUUGGUUUCGACGACAACGCCGACUUCCGCCAGAAGGAGAUCUUCUCGUGGCGCGAUACCACCCAGGAGGAUCCCGAUGAGGUGAGGGCCGCCGAGUCCAACCUCAACUUCAUCAAGCUCGACGGCGAUAUCGGCUGCCUCGUCAAUGGUGCCGGUCUUGCCAUGGCUACCAUGGAUAUCAUCAAGCUCAACGGCGGCCAGCCCGCCAACUUCCUUGACGUCGGUGGUGGUGCUACCCCCCAGGCCAUUAAGGAGGCCUUCGAGCUCAUCACCAGCGACCCCAAGGUCACCGCCAUCUUCGUCAACAUCUUCGGCGGUAUCGUCCGCUGCGAUCUCAUUGCCCACGGUCUCAUCAACACGGUUCAGACUCUUAACCUCAAGGUUCCCAUCAUUGCCCGUCUCCAGGGUACCAACAUGGCCGAGGCCCACCGCCUCAUCAGCGAUUCCGGUCUGAAGAUCUUCUCCAUCGAUGACCUCCAGGAUGCCGCUGAGAAGUCGGUACAACUCUCCAAGGUCGUCAAGAUGGCCCGCGAUAUUGAUGUUGGUGUCGAGUUCACUCUGGGUAUUUAA